AUGACUUAUAAGAUAAUCAUUUUUCUAUUUGUUUUAUCAACAUCUAUUGUUGUUAAAAGUUGUUUUUUUAUUGGAAAAACACAAUCUGUUAAAGCUAGAGGUCAAGUUUUUUGUAAUAGUGUUCCAUAUAAAAAUGUAAUUGUAAAGCUUAUGGAAGAAGAAUUUUUUACAUCAAAUGAUUUUUUAAAUGGAACAUAUACGGAUGGUGAUGGAUAUUUUUCAGUUAGAGGAGCAUGUAGAGAAAUAAGGUCAAUUGAUCCAUUUCUUGAAAUACAUCAUAGAUGUGGAGUAAUGCCAUCAAACUGUUUUCAUUUACUUAAAAUUUACAUUCCAAGUAAUUUCAUUUACUCAGGACCAAAAUCAAGAGUAUGGUUUGAUAUUGGUAUUAUAAAUCUAAAACCAACAUAUAAAACAUAUAAAAAUUAUUAUUGUAGACGAUAA